AUGCUAUACGAAUACGAUAGGUACUCCUCGCUAGCCUCUCUACCGAAAGCUCACGCAAGAGGCAUCACCUCUGCGAAGUUCUCGCCAGACGGCGCUCUGCUUGCGACAGCGUCUGCCGAUGCAAGCAUCAAUAUUUAUUCUGUGCUGGGUCAACCCACAACAGAGCCCUCCCUCAAACUUCUGAAAACACUACGCAGCCAUAAAGCUGGCGUCAACGCUCUAUCGUGGUCUCAGACCGGUCCUCCCUACACCCUCGCUUCAGCAUCUGAUGAUAAAAGUAUCCUGAUAUGGAGUCCUCUGAGUAGCGACUUCCCUAUUCCACCGAGCCCAUAUCUGGGUCACAGCAAUUAUGUCUACAGCUUGGCCUUCUCACCAAAGGGCAACAUGCUCGUUUCGGGUAGCUACGAUGAGGCCGUGUUUCUCUGGGAUGUGCGCAGUGCUAAGGUCAUGCGUCAACUCCCCGCACACUCAGAUCCAGUUUCAGGUGUGGACUUCGUAAGAGACGGUACAAUGGUAUGCAGUUGUGCGAGUGAUGGGCUGAUACGCAUAUGGGAUGCGGGAACCGGUCAAUGCCUGAAGACUUUGGUACAUGAAGACCGGAAGGCAGUCACUGCAGUCAGGUUCUCGCCUAAUGGUCGUUAUGUGCUGGCGUGGACAUUGGACAACUGCAUACGCUUAUGGCGAUACCUUGGCGCCGAUGGUGGUGGCUGUGUCAAGACGUAUCAAGGUCACCUCAACUCUGCAUACUCGCUGAGUGGCACAAUUGGAGAAUACACCACAAUUGACGAGGAAACAGACCUGCAAAAGACUGAAGGGUUCGUCGUAAGUGGAAGUGAAGAUGGUGACAUAUUCGUCUGGGAUAUCAAUAGCAAGGAGAUACUAUGGCACGAAAGUGGUCACAGCGACGUUGUUCUGUCUGUCGACUGGGCAAAACUGAAGGACGGACGAGGCAUGUUGGCGAGUGUGGGUAAAGACCGAACAUUAAAAGUCUGGAUAGAAGAUGUUGAACCUAGGUCUAUCAACGACAACGACGAUGAAUCCAAAGUCGUGAAAGAGAACGUCAACGGGCAAGGUCACACCGUGCAGCUUGAAAUCAAGAGGGAGGAUACCGAAAUGGAGGCAUGA